AUGGCUGCUGCUGUUACUGCCACUGCUACCGCUGCUCCUCCUGGUGUCAGACGCCCGCUUCCCGACAACUCUCAGCGCCGCAACUUGCCCUUUGCACUGUUCCACCGCCAGCCAACGCCGCCAGACCCAGCGUCUCCUACAAACUCGAUAGACUCGACAGGAGGUCUUAUUUACCGCGACGGACGUGCAGAACGCAUGGAUCUCCUUACCAUGAUGCCCAACCCUCUCAGAGACGGUUCGCCCACUGCCCAGCCGCCUGGCCAGCCCCAGCAAGGUGUCCAGCAAUCGCAAACGGCGACAAAUGGCUCAAAUGGAGCAUAUCAACGCACAAACAGAGUUCCCCCGCCCUCGAUGGGCGACGGCGAGCUCGAUGGAAUCUCGCCGCCAAACGGCAUCUCGCCCUCAAACUCGAUCAAGCGCAUUGCCAGAGAGAACAAGGGUUCCAUAGGUACUCUCAACGAGCUUGGGUUUCAUCCCCAAGAUCCUGCCGCCGUCGGCGCGGCUAGAGAGCGAGACCGCCCAGAAUCGAGGGAACGUGAGAGACGGGAGAAAUCAAACUCGGUGGAUAAACUAGAGGCACGCAGGACGCCUACAAACACUCAGCAAGGAGGCCCCCUCCCCUCGCGACCGUCUCCCUACUCUUUCGACUCGUCUUCGACCCUCAAACCCGACAACCACUCGUCUGCGGACCUGUUAUCUCUUGGGAAUCCACGAGAUUCGCCGGUAUACGAUCCGAACAAUGGUCUUGCAUCCCUGGAGUCCCUCAAGCCCGGCGGUGGGGCCAACGGGUCUAUGCAGAAACGGCAGGGAAGUGGCGACUCGCUCGACUUGCCAAACGGGGAGCACGGCGGCUGGGUUAGCUACGACAGUGCUGAUCCUCAUCAGUCUCGGAGCGCAACAGAGUGGGAUCGAAAACAGGGUAAUCAGAGUUAUUCCAACAAUUCUCGGUUCUCCCCGGAUCGAUAUCCUCUCGCCGAAGAACAAAAUGAGCGCGAUGAGGAAAUCUUGUCCCCACCGCGCGUCCCGGGUCAGCAGGCCAGGCCACAGGCUACUCAGACGGCACAGCAACCCGCAGGGAGACGAAGGGACUUGCCAAUCCCCGGUCAAUCGCAGACCAUGCCACACCCACGGGAACAUAGCAAUAGCAUAAGCCAAAACAUUAUACCAGUUCCAAAGACGCAGCAUGCGCAAGUCAUUCAGUCGCAGCAGUGGACACGCCGCCCUUCGUCCCCUCUCGCCAGGGAGCCUGUUGUACAGGCCCAAAAUACUUCUAGUGAAGAGUCCGACUCGUACACGCCGCGCUCGCCACACGCUGCACUUCCAGAAAUCCCGAGCCUCGCGCCUUCCUACGCGUCAAACAGCGCUCAGCAGUCUCCUCAACACUACCAGCCUUCUCCCACACAGCAAAUUCAGGGCCAUCACCAACUCCCGCCUCACAAUCAGCCGCAACAGCCCCCUGUUCAAAACUCGAGACCGAUGCCACCCCCUGCUAUUGUCAGCCGACCUCGUCAAAAUCCACAGCCGAUGUACGAGCAACAUCGUGGGAUGCCUGCAAUGCAGCUCCCCAUGUACACCGGCGCCUCGAUGGCGACCGCUCUGAGCAGCAUUUCGCCUUCUCAGAGCGUUUCGGCUGUCGGUAGUCCCCAUCCCCAGCCAAGAAUGCCUCCUGGGCCACCGUUUGGACCGUCUUCUUCCGUGUUCAUUCAAGAAGGGCACGCCAGUCGACAAGCCCAGCAACUCUAUUCCCAGCUUCAACAACACGGUCUAGGCUCCAAACAGUCGCAACGUCACUCGAUGGGCUUCUCCCUCGAUCAGGGAAUUGCGGCUCUGAAUGGUCAGCAAUAUCCACCCUUGAACGCCACCAAUCUGUCAGCGCUCAAGAACCUUACCCCGGCUGAUCUACGUGCGAUGGGCUUUGGUCAGCCUCAACCUGCUCAACCGUUGCGUACACCAAAGGUUGAUCCAAAGACUCUACAACGCGCCAAUGGCCAAGGGAAUAACCAGCGUAAACUUGUCGAGACACUCGACAAGGCUGCCGGAGAGGUUGUUGAACUGCAAGAUUUGCGACGUGCAAUGGAGAUGAAUCUCGAUUCUUGGGAUAGCAGGGACUGGCGUGAUCAGAACCCCCAUCGCCCUGUUCAUACGGGCAAUUCAGCGCAGUACCCGUCAAGCCAUGCCGUGUUACCUCCAGGAGAUCGGGCGAAGCAAAAGGCAGCAGAGGAUUAUGAGCAUCAGCUGCAGCAGCUGGCAGCGAUGGGCAUUCAUCCCAAUGGCUCUUAUGCGUCGAGCUCCCAUAUGCAUCACCGACCAGGCAAUCCCAUUCCGCCGACUCCGUUCAGUGCGACGUCUCCCAAUGGACAACAAUUCCCGCGCGUACUUGCCAACGGAGACGGCUGGAUUCCUGUUCCCAACACUGACGGGUACCCUCCGUCUUACGGCGAGCUCAUGAGUCUCUAUGAGCAACACAAUCCGGGCAAACAACCGUCUAUGCGCGACGUACUCAUGAUGCAACUCGCAGCAUUGGCGUCUGAACCAGAAAACGUUGAGGGGAGCGUCUUUUCCAAGUCAGAAGCACCGUUCCCGCCUGUUGGAUUCAACCCCUUCAUCCAACAGAACCAGGCUGUGCAACAGAUGCCAGAUAGUGCGCGUUCGUCCCCGCGUGAUCCGCCGGGCGAAUUCGACAAGACGCUCAGGCGUGUGCCCAACAUGAACGGCCCACCAAGGAGAGCUCCUGCUAGCAGUAUAUUCGGUGGUGACGGGGAGACCGAGGUGAGCCGCAAUGCGCCCAGCACGGUUACAGAAGGUGCUGGAGAGGACCACGACGACGACGAAGGCACGACGACGGAAGAGGAUACACGAAGUAACGAAACAGCCGCUGCCGGUGGUCUACGACUCAACUUUGACAAUUCGACAAACGAGACGCUUGGGGCCUCUUUGCCAAUGGCGAUGCAAAGCACGACGAAUCUCAACGAGAAUCAUACGACACUCAAUGAUUUGUAUCCGCUGUUCCAAAAUAUUAUCAAGAGCCGAGCUGCAAGCGUUGCACCAGGCGCGUUUGGCUCGCAACCACAGAUGCAGCAGCAAUUGCAACAGCAGUUGCAGUCUCCGACAGUCAGCUCGACGACCGUUGGUACUGAGCCGUGGGUGGAAGAAGUCGAUUCAGACGAGGAUCUCGAGGCGGAUUUGGAAUGGAUGGAUGAUGGUGCCGCAAGGUAUCAUCCACGCUUUAUCCACGACGAAGCCAAACGCCGCAGAAAGUGGGAGAUCAAGUUUGGCGAACUCGUCAAGGCCUUCCACGAACUCGAUCGACUUACCGACACACCCAUGAUCCUUCUCGCUACUCCGCCACGUUCGAGCCUGGCUGGUCAACAGGGACCUCCAGUCUCUCACAUUGCCAUCUCGCGGUCCAUCAAGCGUGAUCAAGGCUACAGCAGACGCGCGCAAGACGCGCGUCUGGCGUACCACAACAUUCUCGUUUCCCCUCCCAGCUCUGCACGCACAGAGUCGUUCCAAUCCGUCUCACCUCCUUCGCUCUCUCCACCUCUGUGGGGCAUCCCACGUAUGGGAUCCAAUGCCGGUGGCGGCUGGUCGUCUGCAAGCGCAGGCUCGCUCUCGGACGCAGACGCACAGAUGCGUGCGCAAAUGAUGGCCGCGCUUGGCUCGCUCCGAUUGAUGAACAAGGUCGAGGAGCGCAGAGAGGAACGACGUCGACAGGAGCAGAUACGUCAAAAGGACGAACGUGAGGCUGUGGAGAGAAUGUUGAAGAAUUUGUUGGCGGGCGUGGCGAAUAGUACGAGUGGGAGCACGGGGAAUGCGCCGAGCGUGAGCGCGGGGAGCCCCGCUGGCGGGAGUGUGCGUGCAGAAAGUGUGGGCGUGCCUGCACCAGCAGAGGACUCGACGCCGCAGGGAACGGAUGCGGGUAGGAACACGCCUCAUUAA